GCGGCGCCCCCGGGUGGCCGGCCCCGGCAUGGAGAAACGGGCUGCCGCGGGCCUGGAGGGGGCCCCGGGCGCCCGGGCGCAGCUCGCCGUCGUCUGUCUGGUGAACUUCUUCCUCUCCGGGAGACUCAGCAGUGCAGUUCCGGCCAUAGCUGCCUGUAGCGGGAAGCUGGAGCAGCACACGGAGCGGCGUGGUGUCAUCUACAGCCCGGCCUGGCCCCUCAACUACCCGCCAGGUACCAACUGCAGCUGGUACAUCCAGGGCGACCGUGGAGACAUGAUCACUAUCAGCUUCCGCAAUUUCGACGUGGAGGAGUCCCACCAGUGCUCCCUGGACUGGCUCAUGCUGGGUCCAGCAGCUCCACCCCGCCAGGAGGCCUUCCGGCUCUGUGGCUCCGCCAUCCCACCCGCCUUCAUCUCUGCCCGAGACCACGUCUGGAUCUUCUUCCACUCUGAUGCCUCCAGCUCUGGCCAGGCCCAGGGCUUCCGUCUCUCGUACAUUCGAGGCAAGCUGGGCCAGAUGUCCUGCCAGGCUGAUGAGUUUCGCUGUGACAAUGGCAAGUGUCUGCCGGGCCCGUGGCAGUGCAACACAGUGGAUGAAUGUGGGGAUGGCUCGGAUGAGGGCAACUGCACGGCCCCAGCCUCAGACCCGCCGGGUAGCCUGUGUCCGGGCGGCACCUUCCCAUGCAGCGGGGCGCGCUCCACACGCUGUCUACCUGUGGAACGGCGCUGCGAUGGCUCGCAGGACUGUGGCGAUGGCUCCGACGAGGCUGGCUGUCCAGAUCUGGCAUGCGGCCGGCGGCUGGGCAGCUUCUAUGGCUCCUUUGCCUCCCCAGACCUGUUUGGGGCAGCCCGGGGGCCUUCGGACCUCCACUGCACGUGGCUGGUGGACACCCAGGACCCACGGCGUGUGCUCUUGCAGCUGGAGCUACGGCUGGGUUAUGAUGAUUAUGUGCAGGUGUACGAGGGUCUAGGGGAGCGCGGGGACCGCCUGUUGCAGACACUCUCCUACCGCAGCAACCACCGGCCCGUGAGCCUCGAGGCUGCCCAGGGUCGCCUCACUGUGGCCUACCACGCACGUGCCCGCAGCGCCGGCCACGGCUUCAACGCCACCUACCAGGUGAAGGGCUACUGCCUCCCUUGGGAGCAGCCGUGUGGCACCAGCAGCAGUAGCAGCAGCAAUGAGGGGGAUGUGGGGGAUGAAGGGGACCAGGGUUGCUUCUCAGAGCCACAGCGCUGUGAUGGCUGGUGGCACUGUGCCAGCGGCCGGGACGAGCAGGGCUGCCCUGCCUGCCCACCUGACCAGUACCCUUGUGAGGGUGGCAGUGGCCUCUGCUACACGCCAGCUGACCGCUGCAACAACCAGAAGAGCUGCCCCGAUGGCGCUGAUGAGAAGAAUUGCUUCUCCUGCCAGCCUGGCACCUUUCACUGCGGAACCAACCUGUGCAUCUUUGAGACGUGGCGCUGUGACGGUCAGGAGGACUGUCAGGAUGGCAGCGAUGAGCACGGCUGCCUGGCCGCCGUGCCCCGGAAGGUCAUCACCGCCGCCCUCAUCGGCAGCCUGGUCUGCGGCCUGCUGCUGGUCAUCGCACUCGGCUGCGCCUUCAAGCUCUACUCUCUGCGCACCCAGGAGUACAGGGCCUUUGAGACCCAGAUGACGCGCCUGGAGGCCGAGUUUGUGCGGCGGGAGGCGCCCCCAUCCUAUGGUCAGCUCAUUGCGCAGGGCCUCAUCCCCCCUGUGGAGGACUUCCCUGUUUACAGUGCAUCCCAGGCCUCGGUGCUUCAGAACCUUCGCACAGCCAUGCGGCGACAGAUGCGCCGGCACGCCUCCCGCCGUGGACCCUCCCGCCGACACCUUGGCCGCCUCUGGAACAGGCUCUUUCACCGGCCCCGGGCACCACGUGGCCAGAUCCCACUGCUCACUGCUGCCCGCACCUCACAGACUGUACUGGGCGAUGGGUUCCUCCAGCCUGCGCCCAGUGCUGCCCCGGACCCCCAGACACCCCUAACAGAAGCAGGCAGCCCUGGGGUGACUGGUGAUGGGCUCCCCAGUACCCCUGGCCAUUCACCUGAGGAGGGACCUACAGUGCCGCCAUCCCCUUUGGGCCUGCACGACCCAGUGUGCAGGCCCACGGACAAGGACAGAAAGGUCUGCAGGGACCCUCUGGCAGACAGCCCGGCCAUGGUGGACACACCUCGGGAGCCCAGCUCGGCCCAGGACACUCAUCCCCCAGCCCCCACUGCCAGCAGCACCCUUGACCUUCACCCACCAGAACCACUGGGUGUCUGCAGGAGCCCCCCGCCACCCUGCUCCCCCAUAUUGGAGGCCAGUGACGAUGAGGCCCUGCUGGUCUGCUGAGCUACUGGACAUGCUGGUGACUGCCAUAGCCCCGCUUUGUAACCAGGGAAUACACAGUCGUUUCUA